GCCCGAGCAGCCGGAAACGAGCAUGGCGGCCUCUGGGGCCGCGGCCACCGAUCUAGAGGUGAUCCGGGGCAAGCGCGCCGCYCUUUUCUUCGCCGCGGUGGCCAUCGUGUUGGGGCUACCGCUCUGGUGGAAGACCACGGAGACGUACCGGGCUCCGUUGCCUUACUCCCAGAUCAGUGGGCUCAAUGCCCUGCAGCUCCGGCUCAUGGUGCCCAUCACUGUAGUGUUUACCCGUGAUUCAGUGCCCCUGGAUGACCAGGAGAAGUUACCCUUUACUGUUGUGCACGAGAGAGAGAUCCCUCUGAAAUACAAAAUGAAAAUCAAAUGUCGUUUCCAGAAGGCCUAUCGAAGGGCUUUGGACCAUGAGGAAGAGGCCCUGUCAUUGGACAAUGUGAAAGAGGCAGAAGCCAUGUUAGCUGAGCAGAAGGAGCAAUCAGAAGGUUCCCUGACUGUGUUUGUGAUCUCUGAACACUCCUUACUUCUUCCCCAGGACAUGAUGAGCUACAUCGGACCUGAGAGGACAGCAGUUGUGCGGGGGAUAAUGCACCGGGAAGCCUUUAACAUCAUUGGCCGSCGCAUAAUCCAGGUAGCCCAGGCCAUGUCCUUGACUGAGGAUGUGCUUGCUGCUGCUCUGGCUGACCACCUCCCGGAGGACAAGUGGAGCUCUGAUAAGAGACGUCCUCUCAAGUCCAGUUUGGGCUAUGAGAUCACCUUCAGUUUACUCAAUCCAGACCCCAAGUCCCAUGACGUCUACUGGGACAUUGAAGGGGCUGUCCGACGCUAUGUGCAGCCCUUCCUGAAUGUCCUUAGUGCUGUUGGCAACUUCUCUGUGGAUUCUCAGAUCCUUUACUAUGCRAUGUUGGGGGUAAAUCCCCGUUUUGACCCAGCCUCAUCCAGCUACUACUUGGCUAUGAAUAGCCUCCCCCAUGUCAUAAACCCAGUGGAGUCCCGUCUAGGAUCGAGUGCUACCUCCCUGUACCCUGUGCUCAACUUUCUACUCUAUGUGCCUGAGCUUGCUCACUCCCCCCUAUAUAUUCAGGACAAGGAUGGGGCUCCAGUGGCCACCAACGCCUUCCAUAGUCCCCGCUGGGGUGGCAUUAUGGUGUAUAAUGUUGACCCCAAAGCCUAUAAUUCCUCGGAGCUGCCAGUAAGAGUUAAGGUGGACAUGGUACGAGUGAUGGAGGUGUUCCUGUCUCAGUUGCGUCUGCUUUUUGGGAUUGCUCAGCCCCAGGUACCUCCAAAAUGCCUGCUUUCAGGACCUAAGAGUGAAGGACUAAUGACCUGGGAACUCGAUCGGCUGCUUUGGGCUCGGUCAGUGGAGAAUUUGGCCACAGCCACCACCACUCUCACCUCUCUGGCCCAGCUUCUUGGCAAGAUUGGCAACAUUGUCAUUAAGGAUGAUGUGGCAUCUGAGGUAUACAAAGCUGUAGCUGCAGUCCAGAAGGCAGCAGAGGAGUUGGCCUCUGGGCACCUGUCAUCUGCCUUCGUUGCCAGUCAAGAAGCUGUGACAUCUUCUGAGCGUGCCUUUUUUGAUCCUUCACUUCUCCACCUCCUUUAUUUCCCUGAUGAUCAGAAAUUUGCCAUCUACAUCCCACUCUUCCUCCCUAUGGCCGUGCCCAUCCUCCUGUCACUGGUUAAGAUUUUCCUGGAAGCCCACAAAUCCUGGAAAAAGCCUGAGAAGAUAGACUGAGUGGGGCAGUAUCUCAGUAGAAAGCCUGCUUUUAUGGCCAAGGUGAGAGGUAUUAGAUUGAGAGGCACAUAACUGGGGCMUACUGGGGACAACUUACAUAUCUCCAGUCUCCUCCAUUGGCUCUCCAGCUGCUGAAGUACAACACUCCAAAUUGUGUUAAUCUUUUCUUCCUUUCCCAUUCCUCUGGUUCAGAUUGUCACCGCCAGGAACCUCAAAAGGUACCUCUUUUCUGGCUUGAACUUGACAGCCCCUGAGUGUCUCCCUUUGGGGCAGGGAUACCUUGCCCUUCUGGCCUAUUAACCUGGCACAUCCUUGCACUGAAAGGGAGCACUAGGGGGAAUUCCUAGGUUGGAUUGUAGCCUCCUCCCCUCUACAUUUCUCCAUAACCCAUGGGGGGAGAUCACUUCUAGGACCUUUUCUCUUACUCCCCUUCCUCCUGGUUGGCUUCACUUGUUGGGUGCAGCCUGAGUCUAGGAGGCAGCAGCUCAGGACCUGGUGGUAUGGCAGAGGUUCCCUUUACCCUCUCAGAGAGGCACUGUGGUAUAGUGGCAGAAGUUCUAGGCUUGGAUUCCAAAUGCCUGGAUUCAAAUCCUUGCUUCUGCACUAAACUAGCUAGGGAGCUUUGGAUAAGCUACUCAGUCUCUCUGAGCCUCACUUUUUCAUUUGUCAAUAGCAUUGAUGAUACCUCCCUCAAAAGGUGGUUCUUUUUUUUUUUUUUUUUAAUAUUUAUUUUUUAGUUCUCGGCGGACACAACAUCUUUGUUGGU